AUGUCUUCAUUGUUGGCAUUAUUUGAAUCAGGGUCACCCUUAUUGACUCCCCUUACCCCUAGGGCCGGCUUUGAAGUAUCGUCCGAAGACAUGCCGUGCGCAGGCUGUGUCCAUCUGUUAUGUGUUCAGAUUACAACAGGGCCGCAGCCCAGUGACCGGGACCCACGUUCGCACUUAGCUGAUUUCCUUUCUUUCAUUCAUUCUUUCUUUCUUUCAUUCUUUCUUUCUUUCUUUCUUUCUUUUCUCGAUUCUAUCUCUCUUCUUUCUUUCUUUCUUUCUUAUCUCUUCUCUCGAUUCUAUCUCUUUCUUUCUUUCUUUCUUUCUUAUCUCUUCUCUCGAUUCUAUCUCUUUCUUUCUUUCUUUCUUAUCUCUUCUCUCGAUUCUAUCUCUCUCUUUUUUUCUUUCUUUCUUUCUUAUCUCUUCUCUCGAUUCUAUCUCUUUCUUUUUUCUUUCUUUCUUUCUUUCUUUCUUUCUUUCUUAUCUCUUCUCUCUUCUCUUUUUUUUUUUUUUUCUUUCUUAUCUCUUUCUUUCUUCUUUCUUUUCUCUUCUCUCGAUUCUAUCUCUUUCUUUUUUCUUUUUUCUUUCUUUCUUCUUUUCUCUUCUUUCUUUCUUUCUUAUCUCUUCUCUAUUCUAUCUCUUUCUUUUUCUUUUUCUUUCUUAUCUCUUCUAUCUUUCUUUCUUUCUUUCUUUUCUUUAUCUCUUCUCUCGAUUCUAACUUUCUUUCUUUCUUAUCUCUUCUCUCGAUUCUAUCUCUUUCUUUUUUCUUUCUUUCCUUCUUAUCUCUUCUAUCGAUUCUAUCUCUUUCUUUCUUUCUUUCUUAUCUCUUCUCUCGAUUCUAUCUUUCUUUCUUUCUUAUCUCUUCUCUCGAUUCUAUCUCUUUCUUUUUUCUUUCUUUCCUUCUUAUCUCUUCUAUCGAUUCUAUCUCUUUCUUUCUUUCUUUCUUUCUUUCUUAUCUCUUCUCUCGAUUCUAUCUUUCUUUCUUUCUUAUCUCUUCUCUCGAUUCUAUCUCUUUCUUUUUUCUUUCUUUUUUUUUUCUUAUCUCUUCUCUUGAUUCUAUCUUUCUUUCUUUCUUUCUUAUCUCUUCUCUCGAUUCUAUCUCUUUCUUUUUUUCUUUCUUUCUUAUCACUUCUCUCGAUUCUAUCUUUCUUUCUUUCUUUCUUUCUUUCUUAUCUCUUCUCUCGAUUCUAUCUUUCUUUCUUUCUUAUCUCUUCUCUCGAUUCUAUCUCUUUCUUUUUUCUUUCUUUCUUUCUUUCUUUCUUAUCUCUUCUCUCGAUUCUAUCUCUUUCUUUUUUUCUUUCUUUCUUUCUUAUCUCUUCUAUCGAUUCUAUCUUUCUUUCUUUCUUUCUUUCUUUCUUUCUUAUCUCUUCUCUCGAUUCUAUCUUUCUUUUUCUUUCUUUCUCUUCUCUCGAUUCUCGAUUCUAUCUCUUUCUUUUUUUCUCUUUCUUUCUUUCUUUUUCGAUUCUAUCUCUUUCUUUUUUUUUCUUUCUUAUCUCUUCUCUCGAUUCUAUCUUUCUUUCUUUUUUUCUUUUCUCUUCUCUCGAUUCUAUCUCUUUCUUUUUUUUUCUUUCUUUUCUUUCUUUCUUAUCUCUUCUCUCGAUUCAAUUUUUUCUUUCUUUUUUCUUUCUUUCCUUCUUAUCUCUUCUAUCUCUUCGAUUCUAUCCUUUCUUUCUUUCUUUCUUUCUUUCUUUCUUUUUUUCUUUUUUUUUUUUUUUUUCUUUCUUUCUUUCUUUCUUAUCUCUUCUCUCGAUUCUAUCUCUUUCUUUUUUCUUUCUUUCCUUCUUAUCUCUUCUAUCGAUUCUAUCUCUUUCUUUCUUUCUUUCUUUCUUUUUUUCUUAUCUCUUCUCUCGAUUCUAUCUCUUUCUUUUUUCUUUCUUUCCUUCUUAUCUUUUCUAUCGAUUCUAUCUCUUUCUUUCUUUCUUUCUUUCUUUCUUUCUUUCUUAUCUCUUCUUUCGAUUCUAUCUUUCUUUCUUUCUUUCUUAUCUCUUCUCUCGAUUCUAUCUCUUUCUUUUUUUUCUUUCUUUUCUUCUUCUUAUCUCUUCUAUCGAUUCUAUCUCUUUCUUUUUUUUCUUUUCUUUCUUUCUUUCUUUUUUCUUCUUCUUUUCUCGAUUCUAUCUCUUUCUUUUUUUUUUCUUUCUUUUCUUAUCUCUUCUUCUAUCGAUUCUAUCUCUUUUCUUUCUUUCUUUCUUCAUUUCUUUUCUUUCUUUCUUAUCUCUUCUCUCGAUUCUAUCUUUCUUUUUUUUUUCUUAUCUCUUCUUUCGAUUCUAUCUCUUUCUUUUUUUCUUUUCUUUUUCUUUUCUUAUCUCUUCUCUCGAUUCUAUCUCUUUCUUUUUUUUUUUUCUUUCUUUCUUAUCUCUUCUAUCGAUUCUAUCUCUUUCGAUUUUCUUUCUUUCUUUCUUUCUUAUCGAUUCUUCUCUCGAUUCUAUCUCUUUCUUUUUUUUUUCUUUCUUUUUCUUUCGAUUUAUCUUAUCUCUUCUCUUCUCUUUCUUUUUCUUUUCUUUCUUUCUUUCUUAUCUCUUCUUCUCGAUUCUAUCUUUCUUUUCUUUUUCUUUUCUUUCCUUCUUAUCUCUUCUUUUCGAUUCUAUCUCUUUCUUUCUUUCUUUUUUCUUUCUUUCUUUCUUAUCUCUUCUCUCGAUUCUAUCUUUCUUUUUUCUUUCUUUCUUUCUUCUUCUUUUCGAUUCUAUCUCUUUCUCUUUCUUUUUUUCUUUCUUUCUUUCUUUCUUAUCUCUUCUCUCGAUUCUCUUUCUUUUUUUUUUUCUUAUCUCUUCUCUCGAUUCUAUCUCUUUCUUUCUUUCUUUCUUUCUUUCUUUCUUUCUUAUCUCUUCUCUCGAUUCUAUCUUUCUUUCUUUCUUAUCUCUUCUUUUUUUUCUUUCUAUCUCUUUCUUUUUUUCUUUCUUUCUUUCUUUUCUUAUCUCUUCUCUCGAUUCUUCUUUCUUUCUUUUUUCUUUCUUUCUUUCUUUCUUAUCUCUUCUAUCGAUUCUAUCUCUUUCUUUCUUUUUUCUUUUCUUUCUUUUCUUAUCUCUUCUUUCGAUUCUAUCUUUCUUUCUUUCUUUCUUUCUUUUCUUUUAUAUUCUCUCUUAUUCUGAUUCUAUCUCUUUCUUUUUUUCUUUCUUUCUUAUCUCUUCUAUCGAUUCUAUCUCUUUCUUUUUUUCUUUCUUUCUUUCUUAUCUCUUCUCUCGAUUCUAUCUCUUUCUUUUUUUCUUUCUUUCUUUCUUAUCUCUUCUCUCGAUUCUAUCUCUUUCUUUUUUUCUUUCUUUCUUUCUUAUCUCUUCUAUCGAUUCUAUCUCUUUCUUUCUUUCUUUCUUUCUUUCUUAUCUCUUCUCUCGAUUCUAUCUCUUUCUUUUUUUCUUUCUUUUCUUUUUUUUCUUUCUUAUCUAUCUCUUUCUUUCUCUCGAUUCUAUUCUUUCUUUUUUUUCUUUCUUUCUUAUCUCUUUCUCGAUUCUAUCUCUUUAUUCUUUCUUUCUUUCUUUCUUUCGAUUCUAUCUCUUUCUUUUUUUUCUUUUUCUUCUUCUCUCUUCUCUCGAUUCUAUCUCUUUUUUUUUUUUUUUUCUUUCUUUCUUAUCUCUUCUCUCGAUUCUUCUUUCUUUCUUUCUUUCUUUCUUUUCUCUUCUCUCGAUUCUCUUCUCUUUCUUUUUUUCUUUUUUCCUUCUUUUCUCUUCUUCUUUCUAUCUCUUUCGAUUCUUUCUUUCUUUCUUUCUUAUCUCUUCUCUCGAUUCUAUCUCUUUCUUUUUCUCUUCUUAUCUCUUCUAUCGAUUCUAUCUUUUUUUUUUCUUUCUUUCUUUUCUUUCUUUCUUUCUUUUUUCUUUCUUAUCUCUUCUCUCGAUUCUAUCUUUCUUUCUUUCUUUCUUAUCUCUUCUCUCGAUUCUAUCUCUUUCUUUUUUCUUUCUUUCCUUCUUAUUUCUCUUCUAUCGAUUCUUAUCUUUCUUUCUUUUCUUUCUUAUUUCUUCUCUCGAUUCUAUCUCUUUCUUUUCUUUCUUUUCUUUCUUUUCUUAUCUUUCUCUUCUCUCGAUUCUAUCUUUCUUUCUUUCUUUUCUUUUUUCUUUUUCUCUUCUCUCGAUUCUAUCUCUUCUCUCUUUAUCUCUUUUUCUUUUUUCUUUCUUUCUUUCUUAUCUCUUUCUCUCUAUUCUAUCUCUUUCUUUUUCUUUCUUUCUUUCCUUCUCGAUUCUAUCUCUUUCUUUUUUUCUUUUUUUCUUAUCUCUUCUAUUUCUUCUCUCGAUUCUAUCUCUUUCUUUCUUUCUUUCUUUCUUUCUUAUCUCUUCUCUCGAUUCUAUCUUUCUUUCUUUUUUCUUUCUUUCUUUCUUAUCUCUUCUCUCGAUUCUAUCUCUUUCUUUCUUUCUCUUUUCGAUUUUCUUUCUUUUCGAUUCUAUCUCUUUCUUUUUUCCUUUCUUUCUUAUCUCUUCUCUCGAUUCUAUCUCUUUCUUUUUUUUCUUUCUUUCUUUCUUAUCUCUUCUUUCUUUCUUUCUUUCUCUUCUUUCGAUUCUAUCUCUUUUUUUUUUUCUUUUCUUUCUUUCUUAUUCUCUUCUCUCUUUUCGAUUCUAUCUCUUUCUUUUUUUCUUUUUCUUUCUUUUUUUAUCUCUUCUCUCGAUUCUAUCUCUUUCUUUUUUCUUUCUUUUUUUCUUUCUUUUCUUCUCUUCUAUCGAUUCUAUCUUUCUUUCUUUUUUAUCUCUUCUCUCGAUUCUAUCUCUUUCUCUUUUCUUUCUUUCUUUCUUUCUUUCUUUUUUUUCUUUCUUUCUUUCUUAUCUCUUCUAUCGAUUCUAUCUCUUUCUUUUUUCUUUCUUUCUUUCUUUCUUUCUUAUCUCUUCUCUCGAUUCUAUCUCUUUCUUUCUUUCUUAUCUCUUCUCUCGAUUCUAUCUCUUUCUUUUUUCUUUCUCUUUUCUUUCUUUCUUUCUUUCUUUCUUUCUUUCUUUCUUCUCUCGAUUCUAUUUCUCUCAAUUCUUCUCUUUUUCUUUCUUUUUGUUCUUUUUCUUUUUAUUUAUUUCAUUCUAUCUCUUUUUUAUUUCUUUUUUAUUUUUUUCUUUCUUUUUCUUCCUUCCUUCCUUCCUUCCUUCCUGCAUUCAUUUUUCCUUUUAA